CCAUUGUAAGCCAAACAAAUUUCUCGCUGAAAAAAAGCGAUGAAUUACUCAGUUUGCCUGAUUUGCAUAAAUGGGUAGGUCGCUUCGCGCGUUGCAUUAUGUCAUAAUAAGGGAUUAUUGUGUUUAACACGUGUGUGUAUCUGUGUUCUAGUGUGUAAUUGCUGUGGAAACUGUACCAAAAUAGAUGAGUAUGGAGGCUGUUUACCCUGCUGCAGCAUCAGCGCUUACACGCGGCAGGCGACGCAAACGCACCGAGCCACGACAGAGACAUCGCACUAUGCCUGUCACAUUUGCUGAAAUUAAGGAAGUUGAUGAGGACAAGGAAGACGACCAGAUCCCAAUGACAGCAUCCAACAUAUCAAUCACAAGCGUUGAGGAGCGACGUCGAAAACCGGAUCUUCUAGAUGAUACACUCGGAAGGCAGUUCACAGAAUUUCGCAACCGAAGAACGCGAAGACGCCGAGACAUCAUCCACGAACCUGAUGAGAUAGAGGAUCACGAACCCAGCGAACAAAGUGAACCCACAUAGAUGAUCAAAGUGAACAUCACACUAUGAUGCUUUUCUUUUUAGCAUAUGUUUAUAGACCUCCUGGACAGAAGAUGUGGGUCUGUUUUUCUUCAAUUAACUUUAGUGUUAAUUGCACAUAGAUAUGCGUGCUAAAGCACGAAGUUGCUGUUGUGGUAUCUUCUUAUACAACCCUUUAAAAAAAAUCGGUUGUCUGUAAAGUCGGUUUACUGACGAUAGUUGAACGUGACAACGUCAUAAGAAAAUACUGAUGGAAUGGUUGCAUUCAAAAGAA